AUGGCCCAACUGGAAAGAGGUCGAAAAUCCCUUGAGAGGACUCCAAAAAGUCCUUAUUCUCCAACCUUUCAACAGCUCCUUCAAGGUGAGGCUGCAUGCCAAUAUAGUACCUCACCUGUUGCAAGGCACCACGACCAUGAGGAAGCUCUGAGCCCUAACAGCAGCAAGAAGUCAAUGCUCGCAAGAGUGAGAGAGAGGGCUAAGAAAAUCCGCCAGUCGUUCAUCGUGAAGAAGAAGAACGGAAAUGAGAUGCUUGACAGCCAUGGUACACCUUCUUGGGGUGUUAGUUUGGAAGAUGAAGAAGAUGAAAUCGAUGAAGAUCCUGAAUAUUUUGGAGCUCCAAUGUAUGAAUCAGAACUAGCUCCAGAAUCUUUGAAAGAAGCGGCAAGGCAACAUCCACGGGCCAAUCCUGUCCUUUCUCUUAGUCAUAUAUCCCCAAAAGGCAUUAAACAUGAAGAUGAUUAUGAAGUUGGACAUGAAGAUAAAGAUAAAGAUAAACCUGUUGUACAUAACAAGACUAUAACCGAAACCAUGUCAGAGAAAUUAGCACCAGCAUAUGCUGCAGUCUCUGAUGCAACUCAUACAAUUGCUUCUAAGAUUGCUGCAGGCCUGACUAUUUCAAUCCCUGAUCAGGAGCACCCACCACAAACACAUCCAAAUGUUGAACAACAUUCCAGGAGCUCACAAAUUAGUCCCCACGGUACUACUAGAAGUCCACAAAAAUGGGAUAAAGGUGUUUCUGUGAGGGAGUACUUCAUGAACAAGUUGGAGCCUGGUGAAGAUGACAUCGCACUUUCUCUGGCCAUUUCUGAGGCAAUUAGUCCAAAGAAAUCCCCUGGUGAAAUGGGUGUGGUGGAGAAAGUACGGGAGGCUGUAACUUCAUUUCUUCGACAUGAUGAACCAUCGCAAAUAUCGCCAAAUGGGUCAAAGUCACCAUCACAAACCUCUCCUAGAGAGGCUAUUAAGGAAACAGAUCCAUCAUCAAACAAUCUCAGAGUUAUUACAAAUAACAAAGUUGUAUCAUCAAAUUCAAUCUCGUCUGCCAACGCACCUUCAUUGGCAGACAUUCUCGUUCCUGGAAGAGGGCGCUCUAUCGAUAAGCCCUCCGUGAGGGCAAUUAAGAUAACAUCCUCUUCAUCAAGCUCUCCAAGAUCUCUCAAAAAACAAGUUCCAUCACCAAAAUCUGUCUCCUCAAGAAAUCAGAAUGCGCCCUAUAUCCCCAUCUCCUUUAGUUCAACUUCUAGCUCUACUGAGACAAUCAAGGCCAAAAACUUAUCAUAUCACAAUCCUCUAACUCCAGAAACAAAAAGUACAGUACAUUCGUCCACAGGUAACCCUGCUGCUCACAUCACAAACUCUUUGGGAGAACAAUCCAAGGUGUCCAAAUCGUCAUCAAACACUCCUGUUUCCUCCAAAAAAGGAGUUCAAACACCAAAUUUUAUCUUCUCCAGCAAAGCCAAUGGAUCGACAAAUGCAUCCAUGGCUCGCAGUAAAAGCUUAUCAGCCCAUGUCCAUGUCCUUAACAAUGCAACCUCAUCACCUUCAUUUCCAAUAUCCACUAAUGUACAAGAAGUUGAUGAAGAACAAACUCAUGGAAGGAUACUCCAGGCUAACUGA